AUGGCAUCCGAUUUAAUGGCUUUUUAUCAUGUCAUUGAAGUCGAAGACUGGACUUGUAUUAGGCUGGUGGAGUAUUAUCGCUCAAAAACAAAGCAAGGAGAAUGGAAGAAUGUACUGGAUUCAAUUAAAAAAGAUCUCAUAAAGGUGGCAAGUUCCGUUUCUGAGUUCGACAUAAUACGUAGAAGAAAAGCGCAAGGAAUCUUGGAUAGAUGGAAGGAUUGGACUGCAUCGUACAACGAUUUCAUAAAAAAUUUGAGUUGCGCUCGCACGAAUAUUGAUAAUUUACAGGUAAAGACUAUAAAUCAACUCAACAACCUGUCUGGAGAUUCAUCUUAUUCAACACAAAACAUCGACAAUCGUCGUACAACCUUGAAAAAACGCCCUCGAGAUAAAGAAACGGAAAGAGCUUCAACUCAAUUAAAAAAGAAGACCCUUUCUAGUGGAAGUUCAAUGGAAGGACCAGAUAUUCGGAACUUUUUCUCGCGGACUCGUUCGAUCUCGGACCUUAAAGAUCGGAUCUAUUCUCAACCACAAGAUCUCGACGAACAACUUGAGGCUGAUCUUGAAAAAUUUCAGCCUAUUACUAACAAUGAAAAUUCAACAGAUGAUGAAAUAGAUUAUAAUCAUGAUAUAGAUCCAAACAUUGAGUCCGACUUAUUGGAGCAACAAAUACCUGUACAAAAUCACUCAAAGUACCCUGAUCAAGACAGUCCAGAUAAUAUUUGGUUAUUGCCUUCUGGAAAACCGAUUGAUGAAGUAAUUCGUGGACCUGGAAAUCUGCAUAAAUCACACCCAUCAUUUCUUGGUAUCAUACGUAUUGGUUCAAAGGUUCGUAAACCAGAGUGGAUUGAACAAAAAGAUUGGAAUUAUUUACAAACUAGCAUUGAAUAUCCGAAUUAUAAACUGACUUCUAAUGUAGAAAACCUCGUUAAAGAAUUAUUAGAGACUAACUCGAUAACGGAGUAUAAGCAAUGUGUUUGUAAAGCCAAGUUUAAAAAUGAGAUCGAUAAGGAAAUGGAAUUUGUAACGGAUGUCUUUUUAUGGUUCACGAAAAAUGUAUUUAACCCUGCGUCGGCUUUCCAUGGCAAAAAUAAAAAUGAAGCACUCCUGGGUUCACUAAUGAUUCAUCCAAUGUUGCAGUACCUUACUAACACAACUGACCGCGUUAUAUAUGUGCCAGGCGAAAUUUAUCUAAAGGCUAAUGCAAAUCAGAGAUUAUUACGACGUAAUCUAAAACCUGACGAUGACAAGCCUCUAGGUAUGAAAGUAGACGGUUCAUUUCAUUCCCCCGGUGAAGAAGGCCUUGAGAUAGGCAUGGUGGAACUGUCUGGUGGUUACUUAACCUCGGAUUUGCCAAGAUACUUAAAAGAUCAUGUGAAAGGAUAUUGGGGCUGUCGCGAUCUUCUAAAUGACAUAGUUAGAAAAUAUAAUCGCGGUGACUACAAAAUUUUUAGACGUUUACGCUCGUGGUUUUUCCAUAUACAUGGACUUGAGGUGCAAAUUUGGGGUAUGGAUUUACCCGUUUCAAAAUCCUACCGAAUGUUUCUCAUUGGUGCUUUUCGGCUCCCAAUUAGUUGGGAAGACCAUCAUGAAUUGGCGAAUGCACUUAGGAUUUUGCGAAAUCUUGGAAGGGGAUUAGAUGAUACCCUCAAGAUACUUGAGGAACUCAAAAAAUCACAUCGCCGGAAUUCAGUUUUACAUUCUCAGUCUUCAAUAUUGAAGAGUCAUAUAGGUGAUGCGAAGAGUUCACCAAAAAAACCCACAGGAAAAGACUCACGUUUCAUAAAUCCACUCAUGUAUCAUGAUUACAAUGAUUCUGAUUAUGAUGAUCCGCCUUCACCCUCACCGUCAGGAUACUCUUAUUAA